AUGCUGACUCUCAAUGAAACCUUCCCUACACCAGAGGAUCUAGCAGAUGCCUUCGAACAGGAAUCCGAGCCAACGUUCUCGUGCACACUUCAAAAUGGCUUGCCCGUCGUGAAUAAUCAUGUCUACGUUCCCGAGGUACUGCGACGGCGAAUCAUAUUCUACUUCCACUUCUCGCGCGUCGGAGCUCACCAAGGCAUCCAACAUUCCUACCACCGACUUUCAAAGUACUUCUGCUGGCCAAACAUGUUCAAUGACGUUCGGCAGUUCGCCAAGCAAUGUCUCACUUGCGUCCGCAGACGUCACACUGCAAUCGACUUUGUUCGAGGAAACCUACUAUCAACAGGGAUGUUCGAAGUCGUUGCGUGCGACACUGUGGGCCCUAUCUGGUUCCGAGAGAAGCAACGUUACAUUUUCACCUGUGCGACCAUUUCAGCAAAUUCGCCAUUGCCAUUCCGCUCUCAACGGUUCGAGCCAUCGACCUGUGGGAGGCAUUCUACUGCAAUUGGGUUUCGGUCCUCGGCACUCCCAGGAACCUACUGA